AUGGCGUUGCCUGGCUCCGCUGCGUCUUCGGACUUGCCCGCCCCUGAGGGUUCCGUUCCCCCUGCUGUGGCCCCUGUGUGCGUUGUUAAGCGCUUCAGAAGGAAUCCCUCUGGGCAGUCUGCUUCGGUCAAAAGGGGGGGUUGUGCCAACGCCCAGGGAGAUGUGCUGAUUGAGGGUGAGGCCCCCAUCCGAGCUUCAGAAGCUGUAGCCUCUGAGCCUGGUGAGCCUAACUACCAGGCUGACGGUGUCCCGAAAGGGAGUGCCAGCGCCCAGGGAGAUGCUCUGGUUGAAGGUGAGUCCCCCAUCCAAGCUCCAAAAGCUGUGGGCUCUGAGCCUGGUGAGCCUAGCUACCAGGCUGAUAGUGUCCUGAAGGAGAUGGGCAAUGCUCAGUCUUCACAGUCUCGUGAUUCGCUACGUGGGAGUGAUCCCGUUGAUUUGGUGCCUGAGAAACCUGAUGGCCAACCCGUGGCCCCAGUGCCUAAAGUCAGUGCACCGGUUGGCAAGGCGAUCGGAUCCCAUGUCCAAGUGGGCCCCGCCUGCAUAUCGCAGGCUCGUGCAACGCUACGUGGGAGUGAAGCCGAAGAUUUGGUGCCCGUGAAACCUGAUGGCGAAAUUUUAAGUGAUGGCGCGUGCGCGGGGUCCUCUCCUUCAGGUGUGGGAGAUGCGGCACUCGACCGCGUGAGUCACCCGCAGAGCGAUGUGAGCCCUGCAUCAAGUAUUUCGGAUGCUGAAACUGUGGGCGCGCAAUAUUCCGAGGUGCAGUUGGGCUCCAAUGAGAACCAGGUUGCCCGUAGUGGACCAGGCCACGGCCCAAGCGGACCUUGUGCCACGGGGAGGGAGGCCGGAGCCCACAACAAGGCCUCAAGCGCCAGUCAGGCCACCACAGAGCCCACUGGCAAUCCCCUUGGCGGCUCUGCCAAGUACGCACAGCUGGUUGUGAGCCCUCAGCUCGAGACCCCCUCAGGUGCCAUCAGCGCUUUCUCCCUAGAUGUGUCCAGAGCUCGAAAGCUCGAUGAGCCGAAUUCAUCAGCCAAGGCUCCUGCUGUGUCGGAAAGUUCGGGGCGACGUGCGUCCGCCGGUGCGAUGAUGGAUGAGGUCAGACCGUUCCAAAGGCGGAUUUUCAUGGGGCCCGCAGGUGUCCGUGAUGUUCCUGGAAAGGUGUCUUUGCCUGAAAAACCGAGGGUGGUUACCCCGUUGAGUUCACGACCUGUUUUUACUGGUCCUGGCUCCAUUCCCCGCCGGACUGAAUGUCUCCCUACGCGUGCCGUGGCCUACCCUUCCAGCGACAGGUCAGAUGCCCCAUUCCUGGAACGUGUGCCUGAAGCAUCAACGUCCUUGCCUUCCGGUGAUCGGCCAAUGCCUCCACGACCUCCUAGCCCUAAGCGUAAAAAGAGGGAGCCCGAAAGUACCAGCCGAUCCAGUGGCUCUGCUUCGUCGGACGAGGGCAUCACGCAGGAUUGUGCAGAAGCCUUUCUGGCCAGGCUUGAUGCUCGUCCCACGUGUUCUGCGGGUCAUCCCCUGUUCUCCUUUGGGUCUCCUGAGCCUGGAUGGUGGUGCAGUGCAUGCAAACGCGUGUUUACCACGCGGCGCUUGCUUUGGGGUUGUAGGGUCUGCGACUUCGACAUUUGCGGAAAUUGCUUGGUCGAUAGUCAAGGUGGCUCCUUCCUCACUCCGGCUCCGGCUCGGAAUGUUGCUCAUGAUGCGGUCCCUGUUGCGCCGGUUCAGGAUGCCGCUCAAGAGGCAAUCCCCAACAGUGCACAAGCAUUGCCCUCAAUGAAGCUUUUGCGUGCUUCAGGGGUUUUAACAGGCAACGACAUGUUCCCGGAUGACCUUCACCUGACCCUAGAAGUAAAUGGAGAAAGCCUGUCAGUCUUGGGGUCGAGCAGGGUGCCUGAGCUCAAAGGGGGUUUCCGGAAAGUGUACCACCUUCGGGGUGAAGGGCCAGCUGCAAGCCUUGUUGUGAAGCUCGCUGAAAACGAUGCUGACAACGUGAAUGAGGUUAGGAGUGCUGCUGCGUGUCCGGCAGCCUUUACCCGCAUCUUCGGCAGCGGCUCCAUUUGGGUGUCCCUUGGAGCAGACGGUUUGUGCCGGGCCCAUUAUGUCAUCACGGAACGCGUGGUCCCGUUGACUGCUUUGUUGGAUG